UGUAAUAGGACAAAGGUCCCUCUGUGGGACACACAGACCAGUGGGGCUUACGCCCCGCCCUUGCUGGCCACCUCGUUACACAUGAGUUCCAGGGCGAGUAGGGGAGCAGAAUAGGUGGCGGACAGGAAGUGACGUUGGGGGUUCAGAGUUGAGUGUUAACUUGUGGAGAGUCAUAGCCACAACACUAGCCCGUGUUGGUAUUAGGAUUAUUAUAUUACUGUUGUUGUGCCUGUUGUGAGAUCAUGUAUGUAUUUACUUCCUGUGUUUACGGAAAGGACGCUCAAGGCAAAAGCUCUGUUUUUUGCUCCUGGAGUUUUAAAAUUUUGGGGAAUUUUGCUGACCGUAGCUCGUGAUCAUAACUCCUGAAUAGUGUGCCUACAUAUCUGCUGACAUCUCUGACUUAUUUCAGACUGGCGACAGGAUUGACGGUUAGAAAGCACAGAAAAGGGAAAUACAUGCUCAUAUCUCACAUAAGGAUUUUGGUUGAUGGUUCAAUUUUCCCCACAAAGUGCAGUUUUACUUUAAUGUGGAUCACCUCCAUGUGAUAUGUUGUGUAGGGGUGAAGAUGUUUUUCCUUGUGUACAUGAUUGAUGUGUUUCACCCCAAGCCACAUCCGGAGUCAGACCAUUUGAUUGUCAUUUCAAGGUGCCAAAAAGCCAAUCAGAAGCUGGUGACAGAUCAUUGACAGUCAGUCAGCUCGUGAUCACACGCUUGUAUGUUUUUGAUAUCCUGCUGACCCCUCCCACGGCGUGAUAAGCCACUUUUUGUCUCGUUUACAGUCAUUCUUGGUGAAAGUUCUUUUGGUCUGCAUGGUGAAUCUUCUCCCGGUGGCCCAUAUGAAUGUGUCCAUCUCGCUAUUUGUCAAGAAAGUUAACUGUUCCCUCGUUCCAUUUGUUCCCUUCCUCUCCUAUCUCACACCCACACCCACCCCCCAAACUCACGCACACAUAUCCACCCACCCACCGACCAGCGUCUACGUCAGUGGCAGUCACACAGCCGUAUAAAAAGAGUGAGGAGUAAAGAGGAGAAUGCAUCUCUCUGGCUUCCACAUCUUUGGCCACCAACUAAGCAGCUUCUUUUACGACUUCUGCUGCAUCUUCUCCUCUUCCUGUGGAUCACUCAGUGGUUCCUUCAUAUUUCGGCACCGCUUCCUUCACUCCUCCACUGCACACUCGUCCCAACAUGCAGAUCUUGGUGGUGUUCGCAGCUUUCAUGGGGGUUCUGAUCAGUGUCAGAGCAGCUGCCCUGCUUCCGGUAGAGGACAGGAGCCCCAUCCAGGGGUCGACCAGGGAAACGAGCAAACAGCAUAAAGAGCUGAUCCUCAAGCUGAUCUCCAGCCUGUUGGAGGGAACAUUAGACACCAACAUGCUCCCAGAGGAGACCUCACCCGAGGAACUGGAGGAGCCGCUGGAUUCCCGCUUGGAGGAGCGGGCCCUCUACAACAGGCUAUCCCUGCCUCAGCGUGACCGCAAGGCACCCUGUAAAAACUUCUUCUGGAAGACCUUCACCUCCUGCUAACAGUUUGAAAAGUGCCCCCCCCCCCCCCCUUCCUGUCCCUUCCCUUCCUCUGCCGGCACCUUGUGAACUGUAGUGGACCUCAGCUGUGCACGUCACCAUCCUGUCAGACACGCAUCAUCGAUGGCCUUCAUGGGACAUGCUGUUUAUUUAUGUAAAAAAUAUGAAUUCACGGAUGUAACUGUUUUUUUUCAGGGUCACGAAUAAAUCAUGUCAAUAUUUCAACUUAGUAACUGUCAUUUGCUAUUGGACAGAUUGUUUCCACCUGCUUUCAAAAUUGAAGCCUUAAUGCAAAAUGUAUGGCUUUACUAAGCUCCAUUGACGUGAAGUUUGAAGGUUGCAAAGGUAUCUUUAAAAGUGAAAAGGCGUUUGGCAUCAUACAAGACAUGUUACAGUUUGAAUAAUUGAAUGAAGAAUCCCAAUGUAAAAGGCAUUAACACCAACCCGACAAGUCAUACAAAAAUAUAUUCUUCAAAAGGGAGAGUGACAACGUUAAAACUUAGAAAAUGAAUGUAGUUCACCAAAAAGUGUUCCGUCCGUAGAUUCAAGAUAACGGUGUUAGGGAUCAUUAAGGAGUCCGUGAAUCCGCUGUCAUCAAGGUCCGUCAUGCUCUGAAGCAGCACCUGACAGCUGUCCUUAUUAAUUCACGGGCACACAACCACACGCUCCACCGACUUAUCACAGGUCGUUAGGCGCUGUAGAAACAGCGUAAAUCCACCUCCAGUUUACGGAAUGCUGUCACUUGUUUGCAGUGAAAAAAGCAAACGGUUCAUGCACACGCAAAAGGGAAGCUGCUGGAGCAUGUGGAGGGAUAAUUCCACAUUGCCUGUGUUGACCUCAUCGCCUUGCAUUUCCAUCCAGCCAAUAGCCGCCAUAGUAAGACAAUGACUAUACAGUUCCUUACAAUCAUGCAUGAGUGCUGCUUGGCUCGUCAUUUGAAUGUACAAAAGAUGAUGUUUGGUCCAAUAUGAUGUGUUCAAUGGCAAAUCCUGGCAUACUCCAUUAAAAGUACAUUUGAAACAUAUAAGCACUUCAAUGAAACCAUUUGUGCUGUGAAAUUCUGCAGAAUAAACCCACUGGUAUUUCA